ACUCAGUUUCAUUUCUUCUCUCCUUCUUCUGCCUCCGCCUCCCUCCCCUUUCGAUCCCAUAUCCAUAAUCUUUUCCCCCCUUUUCCAUAUCAUAUGACUUCAUCCUCACCCCUCCGUAUCCCCGCCUGCCAAUCUUGAUUUGCCCUCGAUACUUUCUUUCUAUUAAUGGGGGAGGAGGUCAAGAUGACCGAUUACGACGGCGCUGUCCCCGAUGAUGAUGAGAGAGUCCUCGAAUGGGAGUUGGGCCUCCCUACUGCCGAUGAUCUCACUCCCCUCUCUCAGCCUCUGAUCCCGCCGGAGCUCGCCUCCGCCUUCAGCAUAUCGCCGGAGCCCAGCCGGAGUCUCCUCGACGUUAAUCGUGCCUCCCGGAAUACUCUCACCAAUCUUCGCGGCGGAAGCUCUCAGGCCUUUUCCUCCAAUAAUUUCAAGUCGCUCAAUGAUGACGGGUGUCAGGACCCCAUCGUGGUGGAGGCCGAUGAAGAGGGCGAUCGACAUGGGUCGGGGUCCGAUUCUCGGAAACUCAGGAAGAUCGACUGCACCGAAGAAGCUGAUUCGGCUCUGCGGACUGAGAAUUCCACGGAUGAUCCGUCUGCUCGGACCUUGAAGCGGCCUCGGCUUGUGUGGACUCCGCAGUUGCACAAGCGGUUUGUGGAUGUGGUGGCUCAUCUGGGAAUCAAGAACGCGGUGCCGAAGACGAUUAUGCAAUUGAUGAACGUCGAAGGAUUGACCCGAGAAAAUGUCGCCAGCCAUCUUCAGAAGUAUCGGCUUUACUUGAAGAGGAUGCAGGGUUUAUCCAACGAGGGUCCUUCAUCAUCGGACCAGCUCUUCGCUUCCACUCCGGUGCCGCAAAGCCUACACGAUUCUGGUGGAAGUGGGCACUCUCAUGGAAACGGGCAUCUUCCGGUCCCGAUUCCGAUGCUAUAUCCACCGCCAAUGAUGCCCAUGCCGGUUCUUGGAAUGCCCCAUGGUCAGGGUCAUCCGCAUGCUCACAUGGGAAUGCCGGUGGCCAAUCAUGGGUUCGACUCACAUCCAUAUAAUCUGUUGCAGCCAAGGGAUUGGUCUGGCAAGAAAUUUGCUUCGGUUGUAUCAGACCCUCACGUUGCUACUAACGAUAAAUGAGCUUUCAUUCAGAAAUUUGUCAACAACUCAGUAACGAUUCAAAAGUUUAACCAAAGGCCAUCACUAGGAAGUGUGGGAUGCAGCUCUAUUGGUGGCC